AUGAUUGGGAGUACCCGGAAAAAGCCAAAGAGUCCGGAUGCUUUCCAGAUUGGCUUCCCUAUGCGCACUAACUACAUGUAUGGAAGGAUAAAAAAGACCCUACUCAUUGAAAUCUUCACCCUCACUGUCUGCCUCUGGAUAAAAGGGGGUUCAGGGCCUGGCCUCGGCACGCCCUUCUCCUACUCUGUCCCGGGACAGGCCAACGAACUGGUUCUGAUCGAAUGGGGCAACAAUCCCAUGGAACUACUGGUUAACGACAAUGCAGUGACGUUGCCCAUGGCUAUGACGGAUGGGAAGUGGCACCACCUGUGCAUGACAUGGUCGUCACACGAUGGGCAUUGGGAGGCCUUCCAGGAUGGCGUCAAAAGGGGGUCUGGAGAGAACCUAUCUGCAUGGCAUCCCAUCAAGCCUGGUGGAGUCUUUAUUCUGGGCCAGGAACAGGAUACCCUAGGUGGCCGAUUUGACGCCACCCAGUCCUUCGUGGGCGAGAUGUCAGACCUCCAGUUGUGGUCCCGCGUUCUCACACCCAAUGAAAUCUAUAGCCAGGCUUCCUGCGGAGGUCACCUGGCGGGUGACCUCAUCUCCUGGACAGAGGCAGUGGUCGAGCUUCACGGCGGGGUCACCAAAUACCCCUUUGACCCCUGCCACUAAGGACUACCCCACUCUGAUGUUAUUUAACGAGCUGUCUGGUGUGGCAGCAGGGCUCUGUGCACUACGCUGCAGACACAUGACAGGCCCUUAGCGACAAACCAGGCUGGCCCUUAGCCAUUCUGCAAUUUUGCCAUCCCUUUCCUCUCUGUUCUGCUUUCCCCCUCGCUGGGCCGAGGAACUGGGAAGACUUUAAAAGAGCAAAGGCUGGAUUUAACUGAAUGGCCAUGACCGCUGCUGCUCCCGGGAUCCAAUACCGGUAAUAGGAUUCCCUGUCUUUAAAUGGGUCCACCCAUGUUUGCCUCGGGCCUCAGUAAAGCCCUUCAUCAGUCAGGUGUUCAAAGAAUCAUAACAUUUUACUGGGACAUAUUAUGCCGGGAUAUGGUUCUCAAAAUCCUAACACUCCAGAUGUUAUUUGUUCGUCUUUCUGUGUUUUUUUUGCUGGCGAGCAGGACGAUACCAGUGACUAAAAGGAACGCACUGAGGCAGAAUGCUCAUAAACUAACUGUGGACAAUAUGGAAUGAACAAACUAAAGGCACUCCAAACAGCCACAUCGAUGGCAAGUGUAUGAGUUGGAAGACAAUGAUAACGAUUUGAUGAUUGAAUGUGAUGAAUGUGAGGUACUACAUUGUAUUUUUUUGUACAUGAAGAUGGAGGAAUGGAGGAUCUCAUCUAUGGUUUUAGUUUUUUUGGGGGGGGGGGUGGGGGGGGUGUUUAGCCUGUCUCAACUCUAUCUUUCACGCAAAAAUGUUAGAGGACUAUUUUAUACUACUGUGUUGUACACACGUGCAACUGAUAAACGUUCCAUUUCAUUUUUCAGAUGAAUUUAGCUCUACCAAUAUCAACUGAUCAACACUCAACUGGAUUGUAAUUUCUAUCAGUGUGUCUGAAAUGGCUGCCAGGUUUUAUGAAACACCCGAGUUGAAGUUGUGGACAUGAGCCCGCAUAAAUACAGGUUAACUGCCUGUCAAGAGGUCCUAAGCUAAUGCUGACAUCUCCAUUGUAAUCUUGUGGUUUUACAGGCAGAUUUGCCUGACAAAUAGAGCUCGGAUCUAGAUCCAGACUAUUUCCGCGUUGUCAUAGCAGACACAUGCUCAUAAAUACAUUCACGCAUGAAUGCACAUGCACUCAAAACAGCUUGGGGAAGACAAACAAUUCUGUAAUGCUCUAAAAGGCUUAUAUUCAAAGUCAACCUCAUUCAAUGUUGGUUUUUAUUAAUUGGGUCCUGUGUUUUUUUAUGCAUGUAAAAUGCUUAUAAAAAUAGGUUUUAAAAAAAUAUAGCCUGUCUUGAAUAUCAACUGUCAAAAUCAUAAACAAAUACAAACCCUUCAUUUUUUUUUGGUAAAUAUAAGGCAUUUUACACAACAACACAUCAUUUCCUUGUCUAUCCUUUCACUGUGGUCAUCCCUUUUCUGUCUGUGAAAGCAUUCAAAUUAGGAAUUGAUUCAGUUGCAUUUGCUUACUCACCCCCAUUUCACUGUGGGCUAUUAAGUUCGGAAUGUCUAUGUCUCAUUGAAUCACAUGAACACUGAUCGUAAAAGGGUCAUCUGUUGUUGCCAUGGUGAUAGUAUAGAGCUUAGCUGGACAUGCCCCCCUGACCACUAAUAGUCAUUACAACCAUUACAGUACAUAACAAUUACAUUUUGUAGAUAUUUGUUAAUGCACCUUUGUGAGAGGACAUAGUGGUCUGUAUUGUUGUGUAAGAGUUUAUAACGCCAAGUUGAGCAUUAUAAAAACCCAUGCUCCCAUUUUCCUGUUAGUGGGCCAAAUGUAUGUGAAGUAAAAAAAAAAAACACACAAAAAACAAUUAUGUUUCUCAUUUGUUACAAAUAAAAAAUACUAUUGAUUCAUUAAUGAAUGCUAAUACAACUGGAUAUAAUUCAGGUUAAACAGCAUUGAAUGCAGUUGUAUAAUCUGAAUCUAUGUUGCUUCCAUAACGUUUGCUUAAUCUCGCCUUUGGUAUACAUUUUAAUCUGUAUAUAAAGACACACUCAAUAGUUUUUUCUUUCUUUCUUGUCUGUAAAUAUUGAACAACCUUUUAUUUAUUUGUUCUUGUGUGUUUGGUCAAAAGUCCCUUUCCUUUGUGUGUAAGCCAAAAACAUGUCAAAUGAAUUGUAAAACUUAAAUGAGGAAUACAUGAAUAAAACUCUGUUAAAUAUGUUUCAAUA